GUGUCAGGCGAGCGAAGAACGAAGUCGAAAAAUCAUUGUAUAUAAGCAAAGCAAAGUACACAGCUGUGUGGUGUAAACAGUCGUUUCGCUGUUGAUAUUUCAAUAAAAAUGAGAGUAUAAUGACCUUUGUAUAUCGCAUAUUUGUUCGCGCAUUGUUCUGCGAGAAUUUUCUGAGGACGCACUCAGUGUUAGCUGAAUUUGUUUAAUGAUAUAGUCGUGAUUAAAAUAGGGCUAUUUUAAUUGCUUAAAUUUAAAAAUGAAGCUCAAAGUGGACAAGAGUUUAGUGCCAAUAAAAGCGCAUUUCUUCUUCUUCUUUGCUGCGCUGGGCCCACUUCUACCCCAAAUGAAUGUGUUCGGGCGUCAGCUUGGCGUAUCCCCCGGCGCCAUGGGGCUGGUGACGUCCGUGCUGCCCCUGCUGUGGGCCGCGGCCAAGCCGGUUUUCGGCUACGUCGUGGACUUCUGGCCGAAUCACAGAAAACUGGUCUUCAUGCUUCUAAUAGCGACAAUGACAGGCUCCUACUGUUGUCUCUGGUUCCUCCCCAUGCCGGAUCCACCGCCACAGAUUAUAGAAAACAUAUACACUCUCAACGACACUGUCUAUCUAAAAAAAGUUGACAAAAGCACCAUAGACGAACUCAUAUUGCAAAAAUACAGCUGUCAAUGGACGUGUUAUAAUAAGACUUUUGACGUUUAUCUGUCAAAUUCUACUUAUGUCAAUACAGUGUAUGUAGAUAAUGAUGUGGGGAAUGAUUCUUGCUCGCUUUUUAAUAUGGAGUUUAAUGAUGAGAGAGAGGGAGAGGUGAUAUGCGUGCCAAAGACGGGUUGUAAUCUUAUAUGCUUCGAUAAAGACUUAAACGAUACAGAGCUUAAUGUCACUUCGAAUAGAACGAAUUUGGAAAAUUCUGUGUCUAUGGAUGCCACAGAUAAUUUAUAUAUGACAUCGGUUUUCUGGGCGUUCGUGGUUUUGAUGUGUGUUGGGACUGUGGCGUUCAAUGUUGCCAACUGCAUUGGGGAUGCCGUUUGCUUCGACGUGCUAGGUACAGAUCGCGCCUCAAAAUACGGCGCCCAACGCGCCUGGGGUACCGCCGGUUACGGCCUCACAGCGCUCCUAGGCGGAGCUCUAAUAGAUCUCACGUCUGGAGCUUAUAAGGACUUCACACCGGCCUUCAUUAUAGCCCUAGCAGCCACCGCUGUGGAUUUAUACAGCUGCAGAGCACUAAAUCUGCCCUCACUCUCAAGUCCAGACGACUCCGGCAAGGCCCUGCGUGAUGUCCUGCGCAUCCCGCGUGUCCUCGUCUUUAUUGUGUUCGCGGUUGUGGCCGGGACUUUCGACAGCUUCAUCAUUUAUUACAUGUUCUGGUUCCUCGAAGAGCUGGCAGAGGAGACGGGCUCUAUGGCGAAGAUUAAGCUGAUAGAGGGCGUGGUUGUCGCCGGACAGAGCUUCAUAGGAGAGCUGUUGUUUUUCUACUUCUCUGGUAAAAUAAUAAAGCGAUGGGGCUACGGCGCAACACUAACGCUGUCUCUGUUCUGCUACGCGCUGCGUCUCGCUCUGAUCUCAUUCAUCCAGCAUCCGUGGCAUCUCGUCUUUAUCGAGUCAAUAAUGCAAGGGCCGACAUACGCGCUUUGCUACUCGUGUAUAGUCGGGUAUGCGGCAUGCGUAGCCCCCGAAGGCUAUUCGGCCACGGUCCAGGGCGUUGUAGCUGGAAUGGACGAUGGUGUCGGUUUCGCGCUGGGCUCGCUGGUGGGCGGGCAGCUGUACGCGUGGGCGGGCGGGCGCGGCUCCUUCCGAGUGAUGGCGGCGGCCGCUGCCGUCGCCGCCUCCACACAUCUCAUCAUGUACCGCUUCGUCACCAGACACCAAGAACAAAAAGCAGAACAAUCGACCCCAGAAGGCGAGAAGAUGCUGGAAGUGGACAGCGGCGCCAUCUACCGGGCGACGGUCGUACCGCUCAGCGAGAACAGAUAACAAACUAGCUGUUACACUACUCGACCACAGAUGGCGUAGCUUGUAUCGUAUACAGAGAUAAAUCUUAAUAGACGCCCCAUAUACCUUCCUGCAGACUGGGGUUCAAAAUUUAACUCUGUCAAAUUGAAGAGUCUAAAAUGAAGCCUAUGUACAAAGGUUAGGACGCCGGUCGGAGGAUACAGCAAUUAAAAAAGUAAGUGAUCCGAUUUAUGUCUGAGGCCCUACCGCGAAAAACGAAAUUCCGUUAUCUGCCUCUCUAUCUCUCUUCCAUAAUCGAGCGAUAGAGAGGCAGAAAAAGAAAACCUCUGGUCUAGGGAUCUACGUGAUAAAGUUAAAACGUCCGUAUCUUUCUACUGACCGGCGGUAUCAAAAAAAAAGGCGUUUGCUCGAUGUCUAGUGACCAAUGACAGCUGCUAUCAAAAAGAGAAUAUAUCAAUAAGAUAUAUGUCAGCGAUUCCCUCUUAAAGAUAUAAUGGAUUUAAUACGUAUUAUAGUUAUUUACCGAAUUUCUUUGGUUGUAAGUGAAUACCAUAAUUAAGGUAUACUUAUGGAUAUAUGUCAAGACUUAAUAAUUAUAUUAUAAUUCAUUUUUAAAUAUUUUGUAAGGACGAGAAACUUUAGAGUUUUAUAUGAAUUUGUAUAAAUUAUAUUAACAUUAGUUUUUAAUGAACAUAGAGAAAUAAGUAAGCAUAGAGUGUUCACUCCAUACAUUAGUUUUCUUGCCAAAACGCUUAUUAUUUCCGCAGUCGCCAUCUAGCGUCAAGUAGCGGAUUUACCAGUACCGCUACUUGACACUAGAUGUCGCAAUUGACGAAAUCUGUAUUGCUAAAACAAUUUACAACUAAUAUUACAAGCAGAAGGAGUUGAAAAUAGAGUUCCGGGUAAUCCGGUUAUAAUAUUAGCUGAAAAUUGAUGAACAUAAGACUGCGUUCGUCGCGACAUCUAUUGUCAACUUGCAGUACUGAUAAAUCCGCUAGUCGACGCUAGAUGUCGACUACGAAAAAAAUAAGCGUUUUGGUAACACUCUAUACAUACUUAUUUCUCUAUGUUAAUGAACAAAUAUUAAGAAAACUUAUUGUUACGUUUCGUGACGUUGUAUUUUUUUAUAUUUCAUUUUUCUUGACUAGUAUUAUAUUUUUGUAACUAGAAUCAGUUUAUUAAAGUACGAUUCCCACCGACCGGCUGCAGUCGGGCCGCGUCGGAGCGCACUUUCAAAAAGCCUAUAUCAUCUGCCUAUAUAUAUGUCGCUUCUGUCAUUAUGUAUGACAGAAGCGACAGCGUCCGUCCGGAGCCGGCCGCGUCCGGUAGGAGCCGGCGGCGGCGGUGACCGGCGGCUAUGGGAAAUAAAUUAUAGGACAGAAAUUUUGCCUAAGUAAAUAACGAACCUACAUACCGUUUACACCAAAAUGACUUGGAGCUCCGGUAGAUGUCGCUAGGCGCAUUAUGAAGGAUAUGGUGGAAAAAUUUGCUGUCAUCUAGCAAGUUUCGGUAGCUCAGUUGGCAGAGCGAUGGGCUGGUAUCCCAGAGACCCGAGUUCGAGCCUCGGCUGAAACCAUAAACUUUCCAUUUUCCUUUUAUUUCUAAGGAUUGAAGUCAGUGCCAUUAAACUAUAUUGCGAUAUUUAAUCGUACGUAAUAAAAGCACCUAUUUUAAUUUGAAGUAAAUAUUCAUUGAUUUUAGCAAAGAGAAUUUCAAAUAGAGGUGGAUUGUCAAAGAAAACUUUCUAGCCACAGUUAAAUUUACUGUCAUCUUUCGAUACAUGAUUAAAACUUUUAGGCCAUUUGACUUUGAUCCUUAUUCUUUCACUGAUAUGUGUUAAAUUUUAAACCAAAGGUAUAGCGGCAUCGUUUUGAGCGAUGGCGCUACAACCUUUAGCCGAAGCCCGGUAAGAUGGCGCCACUUUUUGAUAUUUUACAAAUUUAACACAUAUCUGUGAAAUAAUAAGGAUCAAAGUCAAAUGGCGUUCUAAAAGUGUUAAUCAUGUGUCGAAAGAUGGCAGUAAAUUCACUGUGGCUACAAAGUUUUCUUUGACAAUCCACCUGUAUAUCAAAUUAACUUUGAUUUUAGUGGUGUACAGUUUAUAAAUAAAAUUAUGCAAUUUGACAGCUGGAGUGGAUGGCACUGUACGGCGCCGUAAUUAGCGGUGCCAACUGAAUUGUCAAACCAACCAACCAAAAAACUAACUUUUGACAAUUCAGUUGCCGCUUUCUGCGCGGAGCCGUCCAACACCAUCUUCUUAUAGCUGUAGAAGUCAAAGCAUGAAUGAAUCUUUGCUAGCUUAACCUUUUGAACGUAUAUAUAACGUAACGAACCUAUCGUACGCGGCGUGUAAUCGUGAACCUUGUCGGUACGCAUGAAGGUUGAUAUUGGGCUGUCGCCGCGCGCGUCAUAUGGCGUCUUUGGCGGUCAAAAGGUUAAGGCUAGAGCGGUGCCAUUAAAAACAUGUUGAAAUUAAAAGACCUAUUUUACAAACGUUUAUUUAACUUGCAAAUACUUUAACUAAAAAUAAAUAAUUUACCAACCUUUGUACUGUGACAUAUGCUCUGUAUCUUUGGUAUUUAAAUAAAAGUAAACAAAUUCUACCCUCAAAUGGCGCCUUAAGCCAGUUGAGGGUAGAUGAAAACAUUACAUGAUCAAAUGUAGGUUAAAGUCAGGUUCAGUGACAGAUCCAGGCGGUUUUGUAUUUGGUUGCUUAAGUAAUUAAUGUUAUAAACCAAAAAUGUACAUUGUUUACUUUUUUUAAAUACCUAAAGAUACAGAGUAUACAUAGAUAGGGUUUAAAGGGUAAAAAGUAUUCGAGCAAAAGUCAAGGAGUUUAUUUUUUAAUUUGACAAGUCAUAGAAAUCAUUUUGAAAGUAAUGUAGUAUUUUAAAUUGAUAAUAUGUAGUUCUUUUUUUGUUUUAAAUUGUUAUUUUAUGAUUUCACAAUUGACUGAGGUUUUACCAUAUUGUUGAUUAUUAAAUGUUGAAUGAACA